GAUUGCGAAGUCAACAUUAGAAAGAGAGCGAGGUGAGCAGGAAGCAUUCUCUACAGAACAAGCAGUGGGCUGUGCCGCUGGUUUGUGGGGCAGCCAUGCCCGCUGAAGCAAAUGGGUUGGUCCUAAACUGCAUCAGUAUCUCAGAUCCUGACAUCCAGAGAUCCACUUCCCUCCUCAAGCAAGCAUGCCUAGAUUCUGGAUUUUUCUAUGUAAUUGAUCAUGGAAUUAGCGAAGAAUUCAUGAAUGAGGUUUUCUUCCAGAGUAGAAGCUUUUUUGAUCUCCCAUUCAAGAAAAAAAUGGAGUUGCUUCGCAAUGAAAAGAAUCGAGGUUAUACACCCACACUAGAUGAGACUUUGGAUCCCGAAAAUCAAGCGCAAGGUGAUUUCAAAGAAGGAUAUUACAUAGGUAUUGAAGUACCUGAAGAUGACCCUCAAGCGGAGAAACCCUUUUAUGGUCCAAAUCAAUGGCCUUCAGAAGAUAUUUUACCUGGCUGGAGGCAGAUUAUGGAGCAGUACCAAAUAGAGGCCUUGAGAGUGUGCCGGGCAAUUGCUAAGAUUCUGGCUCUUGCACUUGAUUUAGAUGCUGAUUACUUUGUUAGGCCACAAAUACUAGGCGAGCCCAUUGCAACGUUGAGGCUUCUUCACUAUGAAGAUAAAGUUUCUGAUCCUGCAAGGGGAAUAUAUGGAUGUGGAGCACACUCUGAUUUUGGUUUGCUUACUCUCUUGGCCACUGAUGGUGUGGCGGGUCUUCAGAUAUGCAAGGAUAAGGAUGCCCGACCUCAGAUAUGGGAAGAUGUCACUACAUUGAAAGGAGGUUUCAUUGUCAAUCUUGGUGAUUUGCUUGAGCGGCUGACUAAUGAUGUUUUCAGAUCCACACUUCACCGUGUUGUAUUGGAUGGACAAGAACGCUAUUCUAUUGCAUUUUUUGCGGACCCGAGCCACGAAUACCUUGCAGAGUGUUUACCAUCAUGCACUUCUGAGACGAACCCUCCCAAGUACCCGCCGAUAACAUGUUCUGCAUACAUGUGCCAGCGAUUCAAAGAUACGCAUGCAGACCUGAGCUCAUAUCAUGGGCAAGCAACAAGUAAAUAAAUGAUAUGAUAUUUUGAAUAAAUGGUUAGCCUAUGCGCAUAUCAAAUGUUGUUGGUAUAAACUUAGUGCAAAGGGGCAAGGCUAAUCUCUUGCUCAAGUCCAUCUGUCAUCACCAAUUUCUGAAUGCUUGUUAAUAUACUCCACUUGAGGUGCAUAAGGUGAAAAUAAACUUGAUAUUAGAGUAUUUUGUCAGGCAUUUAAGCUAUUAAGCUAUGUUCAGAUUACAUGUGAUUUGUUCUACAAAAACAAAGGAGCUAAUGGGUUGAAGCUGAGCUAUGCUCAGACAUGCAUCUGUCAUUGAUUCUUUGUUUCUUUCUUCAUGUGGUUAUUUUUUUGCUCUAAUUGAUGGAAUGGUAU